CAAUAUCCUACCCUACCGUGCUCUGUGUAGCACCCUACAGUGUGUCCAACCCUGCCCCGACCUGCUUUAGUACGGGACAUUGGAUUGUCGAUCAAUCUGUUCACCGUCGUCACUGGACUUGCUGUAAGCUAAAGGGCAUUGGUUCCACCUGUCCCAAUUGCUGGAGAGCGUUAAGCUUCGGACGAUUGGACUGGCCUUAAAAGUACCGGCCGACCCCAGUGUGUACCUUCGUUCACCUAUUCGGGGGUUCCUGGUCGCAUACUUCCUGAAGUGUUCUGCCAAACACACUUAAGGCUCGCUGAUCCCCCUCCCGUAGCUCGUGACGGAUCUUCUUCACUGGAUCUUGAGAGACAAGUCACCGCCUCGGCAAGGUGACACGAAUCUGUGCCCCUUCGGGAUCCCGCAUCUGAUCAGCGAACUAUUCCAAACUUCCCUAUUCAUCUUUUUAUUUUAUUUUAAUUUUUUUUGACACAGGGAAAAAUAAGGAGUCGGGUCCAAGUGUUGGAAAGCCUCAUAUUUCCAACCAUUCUUAUAUGAUAUAUUGCGUCGAAGAUGACUAUGACUCUUGACAAUCAAUCACGACUCGGGGCCCUCAACUUCGAACACAUGUCUUCCUACUCCAACCCUCCGCAUUUCACCAACCCCUGGGCCGCGGGCUCAUCUAGCCAACAUCAUGGCAGCCACGGCAUGUACUCGCAAGGGCUCAAUGCCAACUUGAGUGGCCUCGACUCUAUGGCCAAGCAGCACGCCGCUAGGACAGGCACCAGUGGUGCCUCAAUGGCAUCAUAUGGGAGCAUCCCGGUGACAGCAUCUUCAGCAGGUAGCACUCUCAUGGCGGGCCUCUAUGGACAGCAGGACUUACUCAAUAUGCCGCAAGAUAUUUUAAAUUUAAACCGAAUGCAAACAACGUCGGCUGGAUACGGAGAACCCGCGUACGCGACAGCGACGGCGGCUUCUCCGGUAAACGCGACGUACUCAGCGUCACCGAGUUCCUAUGAUAGCGUAUCCGGGUACGCGCCGGCACCUAUGCGCUCAACGUUCGCUCUCGCGCCAGAAGCCGACAAUCGAAGGUAUUCCCAAUCGUCAAUUUCUUCACUGCCGAUGGUCGAUCAUGGCUCAGACGCAUCUCGCUCUCACCGGAAUUCGUUGGUUGACUUGCAUCACAGAGGUAUUCAGAAUGAUGAUCGGAGGAGCUUUGCGGAUGCUCUCGACGCUGGUCAAGGUAUGCUUGCGAUGAGCCAAGAAACCCCUAGGGCGAUAUACCCUCCCGGAAACCGUGGCAGGGGCUCCGCCGACUCGUAUGGUUUCCCUUCGACGCAUUCGACGAAUUCAUCCAUUUCCUCGGCGAGCAAUUACGGUAGUGGAUAUUAUGCGGGAUCGGUCGAUUCAUCCGUGAGCGAUUAUUCGACAGCAGGCUCUGAUAUUGAGUCGGUUACUUCCCGGACGUUGCCUCGACCGAACUUAAUGACGCAGCCUCCUCCCGCCCCGCAAUCAAUGAUGGGACAGUUCAGCUCCAAGGUUUCAUCGAGUACGCAAAAGAAGCACAAGUGCAAAGUCUGCGACAAGCGAUUUACCCGACCAAGUUCACUUCAGACGCAUAUGUAUAGCCAUACAGGCGAAAAGCCAUUCUGCUGCGAAGUUGAAGGCUGUGGGAGACACUUUUCCGUUGUAUCAAAUCUGCGUCGACAUCGGAAGGUACAUAAAAACGAUGCCAAGUCCGAUGCUGGAUCGGAGGAUCACCACGACGAUCACUCCGACUAAAAAAAAGAAGCCAAUACUUCAUGACAAAAAUAUGUUCAAUUGUGCUCAAAGUUACGAUUUAGAAUUGUUUACGAUUAUCCUUGUUAUGCGGAUACCUCAUGUUGAAUCACGUUCGGUUCGGUCUCAAAUGGUUUUAGAGGAGACUAAUCACCAGCAUUUUUUUUUCCCA